AUGAACGCCAUGUCAGCCACAAUGCGUGUUUCGUCGGCGAUGCUCCGACAGCGGCAACUCGGCAGCAGGCGAUCCCUAUCGCAUUUGUCCCGAUCAGCGGCUCGACCUGCUGUUGCACUUACACCACUGCUUAAGAGACGCACAUACGCCACCUCAUCUCAAAACGAAGAGUCAGCAAAAGAUAAGCUCGCGAUUGGCCCAUUCAACCUCAAAGCUGGCCUUCUCUUCCUCGCUACCGGUGCAGGUCUCCUUUACUACUUCCGAACCGAAAAGCACAAAGUCGAACAGCGACGCAGAGCUGAAACCGCUUCCGCCAAAGUGGGUCGUCCACGCAUCGGCGGACCUUUUAAUCUGAUCACUUCCACUUCCCAUCCAUUCACACACGAGGAUCUACUCGGAAGCUUCUCGCUCGUCUACUUUGGAUUCACCAACUGCCCUGACAUCUGCCCUGAAGAGCUGGACAAGAUGGGCGAAGUAGUCGACCGGAUCGACAAAAAGUACGGCAAGAAGGUCAUCAACCCUGUCUUUAUCUCUUGCGAUCCGGCACGAGACACGGUUCCUCAGCUGGCGAGGUAUAUUGAAGACUUCCACCCAAGAAUGGUCGCAUUGACCGGCACUUUUGACGCUGUCAAGCAGGCAUGUAAAGCGUACAGGGUCUACUUCAGUACUCCACCCGGUGCGGAUCCGAUGGGAGACUACUUGGUCGAUCACAGCAUCUUCUUCUACCUCAUGGACCCCGAGGGCAAGUUUGUCGAUGCUUUCGGCAGGAGUGUAAACGCUCAGGAGACAGGAGACAAGGUGGAUGCCUAUGUCAAGCAAUGGUUCGAUGCCGGAUUGGAGAUCAAGGAUGCUGAUGCUAGGGAGCGCGUCCAGAAAGAUGGUCGUGAGAAGGCUGCUCUCUAA